AUGCGUCUCCUACGGCACUUGUCUGUCUCGACGACAGUAACGUUGUCACUAUUCGCAAGGGGCUGUCUAGGCCAGUAUCCCGACAUGAUAGUAGGGUCCUACACCGAUGAAGAGACCGGAAUUAACUUUGACACCUGGACUGCUCCCCCAGCAGAAAACGGCGAUGGAGGUGUCACAUUCGGCAUCGUCCUGCCAGAGAACGCCACAACAAAUGAUACAGGCGAGUACAUUGGGUACCUAGUUCUUACGUCCUUUCGCUGGGCUACCGACUACUUUAUGCCCGAUCCCUACAGCGGCGACGGUUCGCCAACUAUCACGUAUAUCCGCUCAUCUGUUAAUGAGUCGCGCUACGAGCUCGUUUACCGCUGUCAGAAUUGCUUCUCGUGGGACGACGCUCAAGGGGAGAACGGAGGAAGUUCUAACUCGAGCGAGGGCGAAAUCAUGCUGGGCUAUGCCCAGGCAGCAGAUGGGCCAACGAACCCGGCACGUCCGUCAGAGAUCACGCUUCAGUAUCAUACACUAGGAUAUGCACAAUGGGUAGUCCCAGUUGGGAAUGUUACUAGGGGAGACUAUGAGACAUGGAGCGAGUUGGCAAGGGAGGCAGCGCCUGGUGAAUGUGAGGUUUGA